GACAGACUGGCAGGGUGGGAGAACCGACCAACCCAACGCUCACAAGCGAUAGCACCACCGCAGAGUGAAAACGAGGCGGGGGAUUGUGAAUACUGAAUACAGAGUUAGCGUACUCGAGUCGCAUACUAUCUAGGAGCAGUUUAGACCAAUGAUAUAUCUGGAGGAAAAGUUCCGCUGAAAACAACCGCCGUUCGCCAGCUUAUUAUUUGAAGAGAAAGAAGAUACCGUUAACAAGUCUAGCUGAUCCCCAGUAAGAGAUGUGGAUCCCCCCAGCCCUCCAAUGCUGAGCACCAAUAGAGGUCAAAGGUCAACGAGGUCAGAAGGGGUCAACACCAUCAUGGCUGACAGAGACGGGCAUGGCGGCGGGGUGGAUCUGCCCAUCAUCGCCCCGGGCCAGGUGUACGUGGAGGUGGAGUACGACUAUGAGUACACGGCCAAGGAUAAGAUUAUCUCCAUCAGGCAGGGGGAGUGCUACAUGCUGGUCAGGAAGACCAACGAGGACUGGUGGCAGGUGAGGAAGGAGGAGGGGAUGAAAGCCUUCUAUGUCCCAGCACAGUACGUCAAGGAAGUGCGCCGGGCGCUCAUGCCCCCUCAGAAGCCUCUCGUGUCGGGCGGGAUCGGUGGGAUGAGUGGGGCGGUCCGUGUGAAGCCUACAGUUCUGGAUAUCUGUAGAGCGUCCAAUGAGAACCUCAACAACAGGCCGCCUCAGGAGAUGUCUAGUUUUGGGCGUCCGUCGCCCUCCUCCAUGCAGUCGCCCUUUCCGGGGCACGUCACCCCGCCCGCUCUGCCCAAGGACGCCAACCAGAACCCAGGCAGCCCGCGGCACAGCAAGCCCCCUGGCGUAGCGGAGCUGGUGCUCCUACACAACAACAAUAACCAUCACCACAGCAACAACUCCACGUUACCACGGAUGCGGGCGGACUCUCCGCCCCCCAGGGCCCCUUACAACCACCAUAACAACCACCAGGGGAGUCAUGAUUCAGACCGGACCCCCUCCUCUUCUGGCGACUCCCCGGGGGAGGGGUCGGAGACGCUUCGGAACGACUCGGAGUCUGGAGAUGACCUAAGUAGCAGCUCUACUGAACACAUGCAGACGACGUCUCCGGCGGGGCAGGGCCGGCCUGAGUCUCCUGUCUACACCAACCUCCAGGAGCUGAAGAUCUCCCAGUCCAGCCUGCCCCCCCUUCCUUCCAGCUCUCCACUGCACAUCCUCUGGGACUGGGAGACCCACAAGGACCUCACCGGCAGACACUUCUACUAUAACAGAGCCACCGGAGAGCGCACGUGGAAACCGCCCCGCGCACGGGAUGCUAGUGGCACUUCCAGUAGUAGUCGGGGAGACCCCCACGGCACUGGAGAGAUGGAGCCCCUGUCUUCCGAGGAGAACUGUCACAGCAGCACCUACUCCAGUCAGUCAGACAGUCAGUACGGCUCGCCCCCUAGAGGCUGGUCAGAGGAACUGGACGAACACGGACACACCCUCUAUGUCUGUGAAUAUACUCAUGAGAAGUGGAUAAAGCACGUGGACGAGCAGGGAAGGCCAUACUACUACAGCGCUGAUGGCUCCAGGUCCGAAUGGGAGCUACCCAAAUACAACGUGUCUCCUCCCCAGCCAGGCGAUCCCCCCAAAAGUCGUAGUCUGGAGCGGAAACAGCCAGACCCCAUCGUCCUGACCAAGUGGAGACACAGCACCUACGUACUAGACCUCAAUGACAAGUUCUCUUUCAAAAAAUGCAGGCGCUUUGACUCAAGCCAUCACAUGGGGAGAGCUGGUCGCACUCUUUACCGUGGUAAACCCUCUGAGAAGUGUGGAGUCCUCAACGUCACCAAAAUCACUGAGAAUGGCAAGAAAGUCCGGAAGAACUGGACAUCUUCGUGGACAGUAUUACAGGGCUCCUCACUGCUCUUCGCUAAAGGACAGGGGAGUGGCACCAGCUGGCCGUCCUACCGUAGUGGCUCCAUCCCUGAGCUGCUGCUCACUCUGCUGGCCAACUGGAAGCGUUCGGUCAAGCCCCGCCCAGCUGUCUCCUAUGUCCACUCUGUCCAUGGGCGUGCCCCAGCUGCCACUAAGUUUGUGGGUAACCAGUCAAAGCCGGAGUUCACUGUGGAUCUCAGAGGGGGGUCAGUGGAUUGGGCAUCCAAGGAUAAGUCCAGCAAGAAGCACGUUAUUGAACUGAAGACCCGUCAGGGGACAGAGCUGCUGAUCCAAUCAGAAAUCGACAGCGUCAUCAACGACUGGUACCGAACCCUGACAGACACCAUCAGCACACAUGCAUGGGAGUCAGAUGAGGCCAUAGAGGAGGACAUGCCUGAGUCCCCGGGGGCAGAGAAACAAGACAAGGAGAAAGACCACCGAGACGCCAAGAAAAACAGAGCGAUGAAGACGUCUAUCAGUAUGGACUCCUCUGACCAGAAGAAGACUAGAGUGAAGCUGAAGAAGUUCCUGACCCGCCGACCCACCUACCAGGCCGUCAAGGACAAGGGCUACAUUAAAGACCAGGUGUUUGGCUGCAGUCUGAGCAGCCUGUGUCAGAGGGAGAACACGUCCGUGCCCAGCUUUGUCACCACGUGCAUCGACCACGUGGAGAACACAGGUCUGAGUAUAGAUGGCAUAUACAGAGUGAGUGGGAACCUAGCGGUGAUACAGAAGCUGCGCUUCGCUGUGAAUCACGAUGAAAAGUUAGAGCUGGAUGACAGUAAGUGGGAGGACAUCCACGUCACCACGGGAGCCCUGAAGAUGUUCUUCAGAGAGCUGCCUGAACCACUCUUCACCUACGACUCCUUCAACGACUUUAUCAAUGCCAUCAAAUGCUCGGAUUACAAGCAGCGAGUAAAUGUAAUAAAAGACUUAAUCAAGCAGUUGCCAAAACCGAAUCACGACACAAUGCAAUGCCUCUUCAAACAUCUCAGAAGGGUGAUUGACCAUGGAGAGGCCAACCGUAUGACGACCCAGAGCGUAGCGAUCGUCUUCGGCCCCACCCUGCUCAGACCUGAGACCGAGACGGGGAACAUCGCUGUUCACAUGGUCUAUCAGAACCAGAUUGUUGAGCUCAUCUUACUGGAGUACGAGAACAUCUUCGGCAGGUAGAAAAUAAACACCUGAUGAAGAGACCUGAGAAAGAGGAUGGUCUGGUGACUGGUCGGACCCAAUUCUGCUUAUUUUUGUGACUGAAACAUUGCUGCUGUGGACCAAGCAAUUUAAAGAAAGAAAAACAAAAAUUUAAUUAUUGUUCAUUUGAUAAUAAGAUUAAUAAAGGAAGCUAGUGAACGACUUUGCACUUAACAUUUUGAGAGAGCUGAGUAUGAUGUAAAUAAAUACAGAUUUAAUUCCCUUUGGUUGCCAUGCCUGCUGCGAGUAGCAGAGCGGAGCCAUUGCUUCUAGAGGAGGGUGUUGAUUGGUUGGUUAGUUGGUUGGUGAGCUGGCUGGAUCUAAGACCGUGUCGUCAUUGCCAUGAUGACAGACGGAGUGCAGUGUGAAUGGCGUGGAUGGAUCUCCCUCGAUGUGAUGUGAUCCAGUGGAUUUGAGUAUUCAGGGUAUAACUGUGUUUUACACUGGAUUCCUAUGGCCAGUAUUAAGUACAUGCGACAUAAAACAAGAGCUUGGUGAAUAAGACUAAUUGUUUUGGACUGGAGUGGAACUGAAGAAGAGUAUUGUGGCAUACAUUGAUGUGGCCCACCGGAGUGACUUCCUCCUUUCUCUGAUGACAUCAAGACACAUUAACUGGCACAGCGCACUCCAGAUCAUUCAAACAGCAACAACUACCCACUGAAUUACUGGCUGGAUGGUCUCUCCUUCUCUGUCAAAUCAAUGGAAGCCUAUAUCCUGCUACUACCAUGUGGUAUAGUAAAGACCAAGCUUGGUUGUGUGUA